AUGGACAAUAUGUCUAUUACUAACACACCCACCAGUAAUGAUGCUUGUCUGAGCAUUGUCCACAGCUUGAUGUGCCAUCGGCAAGGCGGGGAGAGCGAAACCUUCGCCAAACGCGCCAUCGAGAGCUUGGUGAAAAAGCUGAAGGAGAAAAAAGAUGAGUUGGAUUCUUUGAUCACAGCCAUCACCACCAACGGUGCUCAUCCCAGCAAGUGCGUGACCAUCCAGAGAACGUUGGAUGGGAGGCUGCAGGUGGCUGGUCGCAAGGGAUUCCCCCAUGUGAUUUAUGCACGACUUUGGAGGUGGCCUGAUCUUCACAAAAAUGAACUCAAGCAUGUUAAAUAUUGUCAGUAUGCUUUUGACUUAAAAUGUGACAGUGUCUGUGUAAACCCUUACCAUUAUGAGCGUGUAGUCUCACCUGGCAUAGAUCUCUCAGGACUGACACUACAGAGUUCUGCUCCAUCAAGCAUGUUGGUGAAGGACGAAUACGUUCAUGACUACGAGGGGCAGCCCUCCUUGUCUUCUGCUGAAGGGCAUUCUGUCCAAACCAUCCAGCACCCACCCAGUAACAGGGCGUCCACGGAGCCGUACAGCACCCCGGCCAUGUUAGCUCCCACCGAGGCCAGCACCACCAGCACCACCAAUUUCCCCAACAUUCCUGUGGCUUCAACAAGUCAACCUCCCAGUAUAUUGACAGGUAGCCAUAGUGAUGGAUUCUUACAGAUUGCUGCAGGGCCUCAGCCAGGAACUCAGCAGAAUGAGUUUACAGCUCAGCCAGCUACUUACCAUCACAAUAGUACCACAACUUGGACUGGAAGUCGGACGGCAGCCUACACCCCUACCAUACCUCACCACCAGAAUGGCCAUCUUCAGCACCAUCCACCCAUGCACCCUGGACAUUACUGGCCAGUUCACAAUGAACUUGCAUUCCAGCCUCCUAUAUCAAAUCAUCCUGCUCCAGAAUACUGGUGUUCCAUUGCCUAUUUUGAAAUGGACGUGCAAGUUGGGGAGACCUUUAAGGUCCCCUCCAGCUGUCCCAUCGUCACCGUGGACGGGUACGUGGAUCCCUCGGGGGGAGACCGCUUCUGCCUGGGCCAGCUCUCCAACGUGCACAGAACAGAAGCCAUCGAGAGAGCAAGGUAA